AUGGCGACUCCGACCAAAAAUGAUGCCAUUAUCAUCGUCGGCGCGGGCGCCUUCGGCCUCAGUACUGCCCUCGCCCUCGCCGAGCGUGGCUACGUGAACGUAACUGUGUUCGACAAGCAGCUGUACGAUGAGACGCAAUACUCCUAUUUCAAAGGGAGCGACGCCGCCUCAGCUGACAUCAACAAGAUUGUCCGAGCUGCAUACGGUGGCCAGACCAUCUACCAAGAGCUCUCGUUCGAGGGUAUCGAGGGCUGGAAAGCCUGGAACGAUGAGCUCGCAAGCGGGCGUGUCGUACCACCGGGAAUGUCAUCGGCGGAGACGAUUUUCUACCCUCACGGUAAUCUGGUUAUGACCGACACAGAAGAGCUGUUGCCCUUCGAACGAGACACGAUCGCCAAUAUGGAAAGGUCAGGCAACAAGGACACCCAGCUUAUUGCGGGUGAUGCACGGCACGAGGAGAUUGCCCGCCAGAAGGGUCUGGCGUUUGCCAUGGACCCCUUUAGGCGAAGGGCAAGGGGUCAAAGGCACACGGCGCUUCUCGACUCGACGGGCGGCACGGUACUUGCAGACAAGGCCUGCCGCUUCGCCCUAUGCAAAGCGCGCAGCUUGGGGGUCAAGUUCGUCUUUGGGCCGGCAGCUGGAGCUUUCCUGUCGCUUAAUCGAACCCCGGGUUCUAUCAACAGAAUACUCGGCAUCACGACACAGGACGGAAAAGUUCACACUGCAGCGUUCACGAUCAUUGCUUGCGGAUGUUGGACGCCUACGCUCCUUCCUCAGCUCGACGGCUUGUGUGAAGCCACAGCUGGGUCAGUCGUGAUCUUUAAAAUUCCCAAGAGCUCCCCACUGUACGACCGCCUGGAUCCCGAGAACUUCCCCUCCUGGCAGUGGAACAUGCGAAGAGGGGCAGAAGGUGGUCUCUAUGGCUUCCCUCGGGACUCAAACGGCCUGCUCAAGAUCGGCUACCGGGGCACCAAGUACACGAAUCCAAAGGUGCAAUCUGAUGGCAAGGAGCGCAGCGUGCCGAUUACAAGGUGGUCCAAGAGCGAGCCUCUCACUACAAUCCCCGUCCAGGCGAUGAAGACCAUUGAUCGAUUCGUUGAUAGCCACUUACCAGAGCUACGCGCCGAGGGCAUCAAUGUCGAGACGACCCGCGCCUGUUGGUACACCGACAGCUACGAUAACCAUCUCGUCAUCGAUCGUGUCCCGGACACAGAGGGGUUGAUGGUUGCGACAGGAGGCAGUGGUCACGCGUUCAAGUAUAUGCCAUGUAUCGGCAAAUGGAUCGUGGAUGUCAUGGAGCGGGUAGAUCUGAACCGGCCAGCCAUCAAAGCUUGGCAGUGGAGAUCAUUGAAGGCGAAUGAACAGCCUUUUAACGUGCUGAUGGAGGGAAGCAAGGGCAACAGGGCGCUUGGGAACGUGUCCCUUGUCCACGGGAUCAAGGGACAAGAAAGAGCGAGGCUCUAA